AUGUCACAAACUAAUCCAUCAGUAUAUCGACUACAAGUUCACCUUCCUUACCAAAACACCAUAAUAUUUCAGCAAAAUACCAAUCUUCACAACCUAAUAAAUGAUGAACAAAAUGAAAAAUCUUUGUUGACAGAAUAUUUUAAAAUGAAUAACAACGAUCCUGAAGCUAAAAACUAUUUAUAUCGCAAAUUUCCACAGUACUAUAUUUGGAAUAAAACUACUAAAAAACAAGAGUUAGCCGCUACCUUAGAAUAUACUAAUCAGGAAGGUAUUACUUAA